AUGGUAAGGGUUUGUAUUAAUGGUUUAAUCUUUAUGCAUUCUUGGUGAGCAGUGGUAGUAUAAUAGAUUUUGAACAUCAUGUACAUAGAUUGUGUGAUCAGCAUUGAGCUUGGUUCUGUUGCUUUUGUAGUCACCCCACCUGAAAUUGAGCGUUUAAUGUGACAAAGGCUCUGUAGUUUUAUGAUUUGACUUGUGCCUCACACAUUUUUGCAUCCCUGAGUUAUUUUUGAUCUUGUACUAGGUUGUUAGAGGGCCUGUGGUUAUCCUUCACAUGCUUGGAAUUGUCAAUCCUGGAGGUUUAUUCUGGAAGUUCUUAAUUUUCAGCAUUUUUGUUGAUUUAAGAGUUUGGUACUCCAUGAUUGUAACACAUAUUUUUCCAUGGAAAUGACCUCUUAUAGAAAUGUCUUUUUUUAAUUGUACGUUCAAUUAAAUUUCUUAAAUCACGACCUGUUACUUUGCUUUGUGUCAAAAGUACAAGAAUGUACACUGCAGAAAUGACAUGACCUAAAUCUUGCUAAUUAUAUAAUAAAUUGCAUUUAACAUUUCACGAUAAGGCGUUGUAAUAAAGGAAUAGCAGAAAUCAACUGUCGAGUUUUCACCAGAGAGCCUUACGGUUGCAUGAACAGAGGGGUCUUCAGACUUUAUUGUCCCCUGCAUAAGUUACACACACCGAUUGAAAUUUGAACGGAUUGUAAUUCAAGUCUGCCUUACCAACAUGCCGUGACUGUACGGAGGAAGCGCGCAUGCGUAGUUGUAGCCCUCGAGCCGCAGACGAUUACAGCUGGUAAGCACAAUUUCAGUUCCGAAAUGAUCACAACGAACGUAGUAUUUAACUGUUUUUACCUAAUUUUGUAGAAGCAGGAUAGACCAUAUUCAAACACAAGCAUUUCAAUGCGGUAGAAUGAUUAUUUGAAUCAAGCGGUGAUGCGUUUUAUCGCAAAGGGUAGUUCGUCCAUAAUGCCUUUCGUCUUAAUAUGCAUUCUUUUUGAUGACACUUAAUUUACCCAGUGCAUUAAAAUAUGUUAAAGUGAUAGAGGCGGCCAUGUCGUGUUUUAUUUUUAUUUUUUCGUAUGCUUGACGUUUUAUUUUCAAUAUUUUUGAGUAAUUUCAGGUGCCGUUGGAGUGGAUCACCAGGUUCAUCUUCAGCAAAAGGGGUUUCCACUGAAUUUGAGACUGUUUUACACAUUUUGUUUUUGCGCCAAGCACUCGGUUCCUCCGCCAUUUUAAAUGAAAUGUAUUUUUCGUAAAUGUGUUUGGUAAAUGGUGCGUAAAUGUUUUUCAUGAUUUGGAUUUAUUGGUUGUGAGAAAGUCAUAUGGGGUCAUGGUUGUCGAUGGUGGGAGACAUACUUGAUCUUCCAUUAAUUUAUGAUAUUGGGCUCUUAAUUAUUCUUUUUUUUUUAGUUAAGGGAGUCUCUGAACAACUUUUGGAAAAAUUAGAUGCAUGAAAUAGAGAUGUACAGAAAUAAGCAGAGCACUCUGUGGUUACAACACUUAGUUCCAGACAUGGCACAGUCAGUGUUCUGAUCCAGCAUUUUAGACUGUUCUCCAAACUUUUCAGUGCUACCACUGGAAAAGCAAGGAAAAAGACAUGAGUGCCAAAGUGAGCAUGGAGGCCUCCCCUAAAGAACCUCAUCACCCUCCUGUGGACCCAUCCCCUGGCGAAGCUGCCCUUACCAGUGGGAGAGAGGGUGUUGCCAAGAAUGCUCAACUCCAGUCACACACCACCACAGCUUUCCUUCUUCCAGGUGAGUACUAGUCCAGGGGUGACAGUCUGUUCCUGUGGACACAGGAGGACCGCUUUUUACAAGAAUGCUGAGUGAUGUAUGAAGUAUUUAUGUAGCAUAACAUAACAUCAAUUUAAAAUCAGCUCGGGACUGAAGAUGUAUGUCACACAACUUUAGUACAGUGAGCAGUAUGUCUUCACUUGUAAACAAUUUAGGUCAGAUUUGACCUUUUUUUUUUUUUUUUAAACACAGUCAUUUCAUACGUAAGAGAAUACUACUUUGACAUAAUAACGUCAAAGUAGCAUGGAUGGUUCUCUGCUACAGCUUUUACAAAUACCCUAACCACAUAUGCUCACACAUAAAAAGACAUGCAGUCACACAUCAAACCUGCAAAUAUGUAGAAGUUAUUUAUGACCAUAUAAAGACCAAAUCUUAACAAAAAAAUAAAAAUAAUAAUAAAAAAAACUCACCCAGAUUUACACACACAACUACACACAGGCAGUUGUGAGCUAGAAAAAAAAAAAACAACUUCAAGAAACCACUUCUCCUCAUACCUGCACAGCAUCUCAGCUGACAACAAACACUUAGCGGCCCAAAACUCCCUAAUUCAGGAGGAGUUCUCAUUUGAUUCUAUAAUGGCUUGAUACUAGAUACGAGGCACAAGAUGCUGUAAGGGGAUCUUAAGGAACCCUGUUAAGGGAACUAUGACCACAAAGAAUCUUGAAAUGCAGAAGAUGAAUUAUCAGAAAUGUUGAGAACCACAUUGCAAUUUGUUAGGAUCGUACUCAAGCUAUGAGGAGGGAGAAUCAGUGGGGAAGAAAAACAUGUUGCAAUAGAAGAUGGUUUCCACUAAAGGAUGAAAAUCUGCUCCAGUGUUCCAUUCCCUCAAGAUGCAGACCAGACAUGUUGGGUGAAGAGAGACAAGCAGUUGUUCCUGGCAUAAAAUCUGGUGGUACCCCAUGAAUGACCUUUGUGAGGCAGAGAAAUUCUCAUCAACAUGUAAAAGCUGAGAUCAGCCUGUUGGAUAUGAUUUAAACCAAGCUUAAGUGGUUCUCUUGAAUUGUUGAUUGUUCUAGUCCCUGUAGCAGGAUACGCUGGUCAAUCAUAUUGCACUAAAAUUCACAGUACAAGUACAGCCCACAAACCCACUGUCUGGAGCCAUAAGUAGGUCAUUUGUAACUUUAACCAGUGCAGUGCGGUUUCUGUGUGUUAUUUUGGACUCUACGUCCUCCAGGUGAUCCUCUAUCUAUCUAUGUAUCUAUCUAUCUAUCUAUCUAUCUAUCUAUCUAUCUAUCUAUCUAUCUAUCUAUCUAUCUGUCUGUCUGUCUGUCUGUCUGUCUGUCUGUCUGUCUGUUUAUCCAGCCAUCCUUCCUUCCAUCUCCAUUCAUAUACAUUUAUUGGCCCAUCCAUCCAUUCAUUCAUCCAGCCUCCCAUCCAUCUAUCCAUUCAGCCAUCUGUCUAUCCAUCCAGCCGUCCAUCCAUUCAUCCAGCCAUCCGUCCGUCUGCCAUCCAUCCAUCAAUCUGCCCGUCCAUCUAUCUGUUCAUCUGUUUCGUUCACUGAUGUGAACCUGAUGUUUUGAAAUUAAAAAGCAUUUCUGGAAUAAUAAUGCUCAUAACCAUCAGAAGUCUGAAAGAGUUAAAGGAGAGAAAGAUAGUUGUCAAUGGUACUUUUAUAUGACUUAUUUUGGAUUGCUUAUUAAAAUACUGGUCCGUACCAGUCAGGCUGACAUAUCAGCACAAUGUAGCUCAGUUCUGAUUAAACUGAUAAUCCAAAUAUGAUUGUCAAAAUAUGAUGAGGUAAAGAGUCUGUGUUCUUAUGGGUGGCCACCAACAGAAAGUAAAAGACUAUGAAUCCAACUUUUCCUCAGCUCCUGGUCAUCAGAAAAUAGAGGUUACACCAGCUGUUGCUGGAGGAGACCCUGGUAAAGGAGCCAGGGCUAAUGAGACCGUUGCACCCACCAUAACAGCACAGAUGGGCGGAGCUUGUAGCAUUGUCCAUGUCCUAGAAUGGAAAGAGGGGAUGGCCAUCCUGCCCAGCAACAACAUAAAGGUAAGGUCAUAUCUCACAUUUCAACAUCAUAGAAAUAAUGCCCUUUUUUUGCUCCAAGCAGAAAGAGGGUUGAAUUUGCCCCCUAACAGAUUUCUCCUGUUUUUUUUUUUCUUAAAUUAUUAUUUUUUGUCAUUUUUAAAUGUUUUAUAUCAUCAGACAAAUUUGAAUAUAUAAAAUAACCUGAGUAAAUACACAUUGCAGUUAGUAAUUGACCCCCCCAUCAUGAAUGAACUGUAAUCAACCACAUUGUUUGGAAAGCUGAGUUUAAUUUCACUUGCCAUAUCCAGGCCUUAUUACUACCAGACUUGUAGAAUUAAGAAAUCACCUAAAUAGCACCCCUUCUGACAAUAUGAAGUUAGCCAAAAGACUUAUUAAAUGACUCAGCCAGAAGGUCACAAAAGAAUCCAGAACAAUAUCCAAAGCACUGCAGGCCUCACUUGCCUCAGGUAAGGUCAGUGUUCAUGAUUCAACAAUUAGAAAGACAAUGGCAACCAUGGGACAGUAACAAGGAGAAAACCACCACUGACCAAAAGAGAAAAAAAGACCAAAGGCAAUCUUUUAACCGGCUGUUCAUGCUCAAAACCCUCCAAUAUAGUUAAAUUAAAACAAUUCUGCAAAGAAGAGAGGAACAAAAUCUUCCACAGUGAUGUGAAAGACCCAUUGCCAAUUAUUGCUUGAUUUCGAUAUUGCUGCCAAGGGUGUUGCGACCACCCAGUUACUUCUUCACAUAGGACUACAUUGGUUAGGAUUGCUUUUUGCCCUUUUAUCAAUAUCAUAAUUUGAAGAACUGCAUAUUGUAUUUUGUGUAUAUUCAAAUUUGUUUGAUGAUCUGAAACGUGCUAUUGUGACAAAAAAAGCAAAAGCAGAAUAAAUCUGUGGGGGGUAAAUAUUUUUUUAACUUGAUACUAGCCCACCACCCUGGAAGUCAAAGUGUCCUAGGGCAAGGUAAAGAACACUACAUUUCUUGGAACUUCUAUUGCACUGGUUUGUACGUGAAAAGCUUUUGAUGAGAGGCUGGCACUAUGAUUGGCACACAGACAUCUUAGCCAGAUGUUCAUAAAUGAGUGUGUAAGAAGUUCAUGAAGGAGUGUGUGAGAGCAUUUUUCUGUAGUGUAAGAUAUCUUGACUGGCUUGAAAAUACAAACUUAUUGCCACUACUACAGUGGGGUAGACUACAAAGCGAGCUCAACAUGCUAAUGCUUUCUUUUGGAGUAAGCUAGCUCAAUCAUCACAUUUCAUAGUACAGCCCUCAGGUCUUGUUUUAUGAUCACAACAGACAGUGGUGCAUAUUUAGGAAACCCAAGAUAAUUUUUUUUAGGGACGAAUGUGCCUUAGUGGACACUGUUUACACUAUGAAAAAUUUCAACAGGUGGCUCCAUUUAUGUUAAUAUGUAUGUGUCACGUGUGUGUGUGUGUGUGUGUGUGUGUGUGUGUGUGUGUGUGUGUGUGUGUGUGUGUGUGUGUGUGUGUGUGUGUGUGUGUGUGUGUGUGUGUGUGUAACAGUUCUGUGUUAGUGAUGUAGGAACAUUGAGCACACUGAUCACUCCAGGGACCAGCAGUACCACUGAGCCAGCAGCUGGGACUUCUGGGCGAUUUACUGACACAGAGAGUUCCUUAGCAGCCAUUUCAGGUAGAGCCAUGAGCUUACAAUGUUGGUUUAAGCAUCAGUAAGGGUCUACUUGAGUUUAGUUAAACAUCUGAUUUGGUAAAUCUGUAAACUGAGAACUGUUUCCUUUCCUGUAAAUGGGUUUGUUGGUUAAAGCAUUUUUCAGUAGUUGCUGUCAUUGAUUACAUGAGUGUACCAGGCAUAUAUGAGAAAUAAUUUUAUGAGGAACAGGAAAAUUCAUCUAUUUUUUGUGAAAAUGGAGUGAAGAUGAAGAUGUUUCAAAUUUAAAAUCCAGACUGAAUAUGGAUUUAAAUUGAUUUACAGAAAAACAUAAAAAGAGCAGCAACAAGAGAGAAAUUAAAAAAAAUGUUUAAAGGCAUUGCAGGGCUUUGGAUUCAGAUUUGUUUUUAUUUCUUAUAUGUCAGAUGUGUCGGUUCCUAGCCUUUCUAUGAGAGGUGUUUCUUCAGAACCAGAGACUGUGAUGCUACUCAAAUCUGAAGACAGGGUCGGGCCAGAGCAAAACUGCCAUGAUCCCAGAGCUCCAAGAACCUACACAGAGGAACUUCGCAGGGACCCCAUCACUGAUAAGUACGUUGGUAAAACUGCCUUACCAUUAUUCUCACUGAUGCAUCCCUACAUACAGGUAUGUGUAUUUGAACAAGCAAUGCACAUACGCGUAUUCUCAUUUUUUCAUAAUACAUGAUGAUUUUUAUAUAUGAUUCAGUGUAUAAUUUUGAAGUGUUGGUAGUUUGCUGUUAGUCUUAGAUAAAAGAGUGUAGUCCAUUUUGACCUUGAAAUACUUAAAAAAAAGUUUGCGCAGCGGUGUUUUUGUCUGGUGGAGCCCGACGCACAGCCAGUUUGGUAUUUUGGUAGACUAACCCAGGCUGCCAAUCCACGGCGGAGCUGGACAGCAGACGGAUUGUGUGGAAUAACUCACAUUGAUUUUAAUGCUUGCAUAUUUGAUAUGCCUGCCAUGCUGGAGUGGAGCCAUUCCAGAUCCUGUGGGUUUUAGCCGUAAGGCGCACCGAGGUCCACCACACUGAUCAUGGUGGCGUGGUAGGGGGAGGUGUCAACAAAAUCAGCUGGCGCGGUGACAUUUUCUUGCCUGCUGGCGGCAUGGAAAGUGAACAGAAAGCUUGCAGAGUCAAACCUGGUCAGCUUUCAGUGCAGGCGGAGUGCAGCUGGUCUAGCAGUAUUUUGGUAGACUGGCGGCAUAGUGCGCAUACAUCACUGAAGCCUCACUGGCAAGUUUCCACAGUGUCAACCACAUUUCAGUGCAAAAAAUAAUCAACAGCAACCAGUAUUCAGUGCAACUAUCUAAGUCAGCACAUAUAUGUAUAUAUAUAUAUAUAUAUAUAUAUAUAUAUAUAUAUAUAUAUCAGUGGCGGCUGCUGGUCUUUCAAUGAGGGGAAGCUCAUUUUUCUGGCCUACAUCAUAAUUGUAUUUGUUUAUUAGUAUGUAACAGAACAGAGUCGCCAAACACAACGGCAGUCAUUUUUAACAAAGACUAAAGUCAUUGAGGAUCGGUAAGGUCUCCGGAGCAGUUAAGAACAACGGAAUGAAUAACUUGGAAAAUGCUUUGGUAGAUGUUUUAUUCUUCAAGAUCGCUGAUUCGCUUGUUUAGCUGUCAAUCAAAAAAGGAUUUCGCCUCAGACAGCUCAUCCAAUCAUGGAUGCAGAAGCUUGGAGUCCGGGAGAAAGUCGGGACCGCCCUCUCGCCAUAGAACUCAAGUGAAGCUGGGCUUCCGAUGGGCGGGACAAAGCCCAGCAUUUAUCCAAUGAGCGUCUAGUUUCGCUGCUGGAACAACCCACUUUAAGCUUCCACAUUGAAGUCAGCAGAAGCCCAGCGUCCGGCUGUUUCAAGCGCUGAGGCGCUGCGAGGAUGAAUGAGAACGAAGUUAUGCCGGUUACCUGUGAUUAUCAGCUUCUUAUCACAGUGUCUGAACAAAAGAUGAAGGCUUUCUAGUGCGUAUUUAGUUAAUGAAAUGUACACACAGCAGUACGUAUUUCACCACUUUUUCUUUUUUUUGAGGGGUGACAUUUUAAGGGAAGCCGAGCUUCCCUUGCAGUCUUAGAGCAAUCGCCACUGAUAUAUAUAUAUAUAUAUAUAUAUAUAUAUAUAUAUAUAUAUAUAUAUAUAUAUUCUGAUAUAUAUCUUAUCUGAUGAGCAUUUUUUGCACGCGUUUGACACUCAACCUGGCUGAAUUAACACAGCUGAAACCAAGUUAAAUUAAAUAUCCAGUAAACAGUCACACAUGAAGAAGUUCACAAGAUAUUUAAUUUGUUCCCGCCCCCUUUCUCUCUUCCUCUUCUUUCUCGCCCAGCUUGACCCGGACACGUCUCCAUGUCCUCUCUCCGUCCUGCUGCUCCUGCGGCGGCAAGGCUGACCAGAUGAUUUAUUUUAGUGAUCAGAUGAGUUAUUUACUUAAAAAAUAAAAGUAACUUUCAUUCAAAACAACCUGUUUAUCUGAUGUUCUCAUAUCCUUAAAAUUCUAUGAAUAUUCAUUCUGGAGUUAGGCCUACAUAUGAAUAUUAUAAUAUUCAGUUGCGUAAGCCAAGUUCAUUUUAUAUGCCAACAUCAAUGAAAGAAAGAGCCAGACCAUAAAGCGUGAUGCGUCCUUGACACACCGGUGGUUCCGUUUUAAACGCCAUUAUUGGCUUUUGUUUAUGUUGUGAUCUGUGCGCACAGCCCAUCUUUGUCACGUGGGGUUCGAAUGUAUGCAACUUGAUGUGAGUGUCUUCAUUUGUGGAAAAGAACGUUUGUCUUACCAGUAGGUCCAACUUUACACACACCAGAUCCCUCUGUGCUUAUUAGAGAGAGUGUGGAGGGCGUCCUCCACUCCACAGCGCUUACUGCGACAUUUGUUGAGGGGCUACCAUCUGUCGCCUGGCAUUGCUGUCUUCAGCCAUGUCUUGAUCUCUUCGACUACUUCAUGAAAAUUGUAGUACGCCUCGACGGUGACAGAUUUAAAGGUGAGGAGAGGAGCUGAUGUGAUUGGUGAAAAUAGGACUUGGCUGUGUUAAAACCCCCUCCACAUCGGCUCCCUUGCCUCUUUCUGAAUAUGAGGAGCUGAGUUAGGGAGGGGGAAUACUUAAGCCGGGCUGCGCUACUCACCAAAAUACUGAAGUGCGCUUGGGCACACCUCAUCGGCGCGGCAGACCUGACCUACGCCGCACCUACGCCGCACCGCUGGCAAGGCACAAAAAUAGAGCCCCUAGUAUGCAAUUACUUAAAAGUACAGACAAAGAAGAGAUAGAGUCAGAAACAAAAGACAGUUAUGAUAGAUGUACACAUUACAGUAGAGACUGCUAGUAUGAAGAUGUGGGAAUUGGUAUUUUUGUUGGGUUUUUUUUGUUUGUUUUUGAUCUAUUUCUUUAUGGAAGCUUGUUGUGUUCACUUGAGCAAAAAAAUUCUGCUUUGGUUAUCUGAAUGAAUAAGACAAAUUUUUUUCAGAAUUAUGGCAUAACUUCAUCUCAAGAGGAAAUAAUGACAUAUUUAUCUUGUUAUUUCAGAAAAACAGAGCAGAUCUAUUUUUUUUUUUCUUAUGAUGUAUUGAAAUGCAAGACGCCAACCUGAUUUUUGCCUCUAUUUUAAGACCCACUCUGGUGAAAAUCAUGUUUUUCUUGUUGUCUUCAUGUUCAUGUGGCAUUUUUUUGGUGCUGGGGGACUUAUGAGAAAACUAAGAUCAAAAUUGCAUUUCUUAGUAUUUCUUCAUUCAAAUUGCAGUGAAUUUCCUGCAGACCCAAACGGCAGGCUCAGAUACAGUGAGAUUGUCUACAUCACAACUGCAAGCUCCGCCCCCGGAGCCCCACUAUGCAGGCCAGACAGUGAAAAGUAGAGAGGAUGAUUGCUGAACAAGUGUGUGUGGUAGCAGAUUGCAAAGCUCGUAAGAAAGCUAAUUAUGAUAUUAACUUUUAUCAUGCUUCCAAAGACAUUAGUGUCCGAGAGCUUACCUGACCCUUCUGCUGCACCGGCAAUGUUAGGCUACAAGCUAGUGUGAAGAGAAGUGUGCAGAGCAGCGCUGUCUCCGCCCACAACUCAGAGGUGAAUUGCUAUUGAGCUAAUGAAGCCCUGCAGAAGGAAAGCCCUUAAAAAAGACACAGGUAACAGGAUUUGGCUAAAAACUUCAUAAUCACAAUUCGAAGACCCCUGAAAACACUUUAAAUAGUAAAAAUUAUCAACCAGAGUUGGUCUUUAAAGAAUUUUACACUUGUGAAAACUGAAAGCAGUGGUCACCAGUUUGUGGUCAUUUUUGAUGUUUUAAGAUAAGAUACAAAUAAGGGUCAGAGUUGUAUGAGCACGUUUGGCUUCAAUUUUGUCUGCCCACUUUUUCAAAUGACUUUCAUCACAAUCAUUGACAAUAACACUGAGGUAAAUUUAUGUACAGACAUAUGUCAGGGAUUGAGAGUGAGUAAAAUGGAAAUAUAUCAUUAUAUAAUCUUAGUUAUCAUAAAACAUCACACCAUUACUGUCCUAGCUUCUGCUGAUGUCUUCACAUGAGAAUCAGCCCCCAUGCCCCUCUCUCUGUCCUGGAAGACUCCCAGCUGGGAAGUAACAUGUGUGAACAUUCAGCUCAUGUAAAUGUCAGACUGAGGCAGGGUGCAUAUUAAUCAUUAUUUUUGAGUCACAUCUUACGUAAAUCGGGGCUAAAAUGUUUGUAUCACAGUGUACCACAGUCACCAAAGAAAGACAUCAAUAUCUAAUACUUUGAAAAUGUCCAGACUGUAUUUCACUUUGAUGUUAUGUGUAAAUGUAUUUAGUGUAUAAAUGAAUGUAAUUUCAUAAAGUUGGACUUAAAAAAAAUAGAAGCUUUUUUUGGAUUGAUGUUAGGACAUAUUCUAAUCAUUUGGAAUACUGGAUUUCUGAUUUUAUGAGCUUUACAACUGAAAAGGCCUUAAACAUUCCAUUUUACAUGUUCCUGAAUCCUGAUAGAGUUGUGACUCUACCACUGAACCACAGCCAUAAAGCUUAAAUUAAACAAAGCCGAAGGGUGAAAACUCAAUACAUGCACUUUUCUGUGUGAAAUAAAACAUUUGUUUCCUCCAAACUUGUAGUCUCUGUAACAAAAAGGAAGUAACAAUUGUCUAAAGCAACAAUUUUUUGAUUUAAAUUCUAAAUUGUAAAGAAAAUGAGUUUACAUUACUUUUUAAUGUACCUGAGUACAGACAUGUUUUCAAUACACUUGUAGUAAUAAGCAUUUGUCGUAUCAAGGGUUCUUUGAAGAAAAAAAAAUAUCAGUAAGUAUCACACUAAAAUAGACAAAUUGACACUAAACUUUUGGACAGACAGUCAGACAAAUGCACUAUAGAGAAGAAGGUAUGGAGAGAAAGAAAGAAAGAGAGAGUAUUGUAGCGCAGGUAUGGGUUUGUUUGUUGUUUUCAUGCUUAAGGGUAAAUGUGUAGCCAGGUGGUCACAUUCCUGUCAUUGUACAUUAUCUUCAAACAGUCUAUUUACAGCUAUUACUCUGCAUUCCCCAUCUCAGAUUGUAUCCUUUUUGUGUAAAAGAUUUUUAGUCUAUAUAUUUUGGGGGAUAUUGCUCAUUUAUUCUAAAAUUGGCUCCUCUCAGUUAUUUCCUUAGUAUCUAAACAAAUACUUGUGUUCAUGCUAAGUCAUAUUCAGUCUUGGUUUGGUGCUUUUUACUUUGGAGUUGCAGACUUGUUGGAUGCAGUGAAAGGUAAUCAAAUGGUCUUUAUUUGUGAGGCAGCAAAUGUAUACUAUGGUGGUUGUAGCGGAAAAAAUAUAGUUUUUUGCUGUAUGUAUUUGUCAAUAUUUUAUUGGACUUGAAUUUUACUGACGCCAUCCAAUAACUGUAGAACAAAAUGUACCGUGGGCUGGUGGGCAAAAAUAACUAUCAUAGUUACAGAAAAUAAGCUGGAUCUUUACUCUCUGCACCUUAGGAGGAGUGUUGGGGUAGAGAAGGUGCCAGCAGGUGGGAGAGUCUCCUCCCUUAACCCUGAUCAUUUGAAACCCAUGAGGAAGAGAAAAAGGAAGGAAUACCUGAGUCCCUCUGAAGAAGACUCUGACAUGGAAGGCACGGUGAGACAUCACUGUUACCAAUCAUAAAACCACAAGUUAAAGAGGUUGCCACUCAACAGAUGACAAAGUGUAUGGCAAAGAAUUUGAAGCAAUGUUAGGGCAUGCUGGUCUUGAAAAUAAUGUUGUUUUUUGUUUGUUUGUUUUUGAACUAUUUUUCAGUACAGCAUAUUUCCACACAUUGUUUUUUACAACAGUUUUUUUCCUUUUAUCAAAGAUAAAAUUAUACUAAAAAAAACUGAACAGAAGAACACAAGGGUCAGCUCUUACUCCUUAAUUUUCAACUGGUUAACAAAGAGGUCUGUUUAAUAAACAUAGUCUUUUUAUUCAGCUUCAGGCUCCUAAAAUAGAAGAUAGACAUUUUCAGCCUCAAGUGGUAAGCAAGUCUUUCCAUAAUGUAAAUUUUAUCCAUAAUGUCCAUCGAAUGUCAAAGUAGCAGGCGAUCAGUUCUCAUCCAAAUCCUUGUGAUGACCUUUUUACAUGCAAUAACUAAGAUCUUGAAUAAAUAAACAUCCCCUUGUUCUUCUACUUUCUCAGGUUUGACCCCAAAAAAUAUAAAUUUGGGUCUCUUUGAAUAGUAAAGUACAGGGUUGUUCCCAGAGUCUCAUUCACUUUGUCCCAGAAAGGCUGUAUCUUUACACAUAUGAGUGGCGUCUCCAUGGCCACUAUGAUGAUUUUAUUAAUAUACCGAAUCCCCGCCCCUAGGGAUAAAUAAAGUAUUCUGAUUCUGAUAACCAAAGUCAUGUUUAAGCCAGUCACCAGUCACUGUAUUGUCCUCCCACAAUUUAGUCUUGUCUAACUUAUAUUUCUUUUUUAGGAUGAGAAAAUGAAUGAUUCUAAAGCAGACAACAGACAAAUAAGAGGUUGGACUCACAUUUCUUCACUUGUAUGGUAUAACAUAUAUAUCUAUAUGUAUGUGUGUGUGUAUAUAUAUAUAUAUAUAUAUACACACACACACACACACACACACAUAUGUAUAUAUAUAUAUAUAUAUAUAUAUAUAUGCACACACACGCACACACACACAUAAAUAUAUAUAUAUAUAUAUAUAUAUAUAUAUAUAUAUAUAUAUAUAUAUAUAUAUAUAUAUAUUUAUACAUACAUAUAUGUAUUUGUAUUUACACACACUACUGGUCAAAAGUUUUAGAACACCCCAACUUUUCCAGACUUUUAUUGAAAAUGAUGCAGUUUAAUGUCUCAGUGUACUCUGAAAUUAAUACAUAAAACAAAUAAACAAUUGAAGUUCAAAAAGAAAUCAUAAAAUCAAUUUAGAAACAAAAAACAAAAAUGUAUUCUAAACUUAGGACUCAUCAAAGUAUCCACCUUUGGCUGAUAUAACAGCUGAACAUACUACUGGCAUUCUUUCUACAAUGGAAAUCAAAUGUUCUUUAGAAAGUUCUUCCCAAUUCUGUUGCAGAAGUUUCCACAAAUGUGUAGCACAUUUCUAGGUUGCUUUGCUUUCACUGUCCAGUUCAUCCCAAACCAGUUCCAUGGUGUAUAAGUCUGGAGACUGUGCUGGCCACUCAAUGUUUUCAAGCUUACCAUCUUGUUCUUUUUUCUAAAGGUAGUUCUGGCAUAGCUUGAACUUAUGUUUUGGGUCAUCAUCUUGCUGUAGGAUGAACCCCUGACCAGGCGCUUCCCAGAGGGUACUGCAUGGCGCUGCAGAAUGUUGUGGUAGCAGUUUUUGUUCAGCGUGCCUUUACACUACUGUUCAAAUAAUGCUCACAAUGGUAUGGUACCACACUGUAUUCCAACACUACUUUUAUGCAGAUAGAGGGGGUUGUAAGUGAUCAAGAAAAGUUGGGACACAUGUAGGAAUUGGUAGCACCAACUUUUAAGCUUGAUCAACCUCCGUUGCUGCAGAACUGCUUUAAGUUGUUAACCCAUUUCUUGUCUGAUUCUGAAAUGUACAUAAUUUUUUCAGUUUUGGUUAACCAUACUUUUUUUAUUUACCGCUGGCUGUUCACCACUUACCUUUGUACCCUUUCAAGCUGGAAAAAAAAAACUGGAAAAAUUGGGGUGUUCUAAAACUUUUGACUGGUAGUGUAUAUACAUUUAACUACCUUUGCUCAUUGCUUUUCUGUGCAGUAGAUUAUUUUUUCUCUCCUUUUUGGAAUGUAAAGGAGAACGCAGUAAAGUGGAAAGUCAUGUCUUCGUGACAAGACCCAAGAAUUAGCCUCAUAUAGAAGAAAACCCAAAGUAUGAGUUUUGUAUGCAUAGGCUGGUUGAACUUUGCUAAACCUUUUUUCUGCCUACUCCUUUUUAGUCUGAGUUUGUACUGUAAUGUAUUACUAUAAUAUACGUGUCAUUAUUAACCAAUCUAUCUAACCCUGGUAAAGCUGGAGACAGCAAGAUGGAGCAGUGGAUGUGGGCUCAGUAUCUGGAGGAAAGAAAUGCCAUUGCUGCACCUGAUAAGCUUUUCCAAGAGGUAUGUUUGAGCUAAAUACUCAGGUUUUUUUAGCUGAAGUUUUACCUAGUAUAACUCUUAGUUCUUUUUACCACCACUGCUCUUUGCCUGUCGUAUUCUCAAAUCUAUGACGAAGAGCUACAAAUAUGUGAGGUAAUUGUGUGUGUGCGUGCGUGUGUACAUGCGUGCGUGUGUGUUGGGGGGGGGGGUAUCUUUUACCUGGCAGAAUGUGAUCUAGUUCUGAUGUCAGUUUUUUUUCUGGAAUCUUGAGGCAGUUUUUUCAUGUUUAGUAUUGUUUAAUAGUUAUCGUGUUUUAUAACAAUGUGAUAUUUUUAAGUUAAGGCUUUAGUUAAAAGAAGUGUCUUUCUUUCAUUAGAAAAAGAAGAAAACAAGUAGACUAAGAAUGAUAAAAAAAAAAUCUCGUCUGAUCCAUAUGGAGUGCUAAUAUCUGUUAUUCCUGUUUUUGUUUUUGUUUUGUUUGUUUUUUUGCAUGAUUUUACUUCACUUUCACCUUAUACCUAUGGACUGUUUGUUAAGGUUAGCUUUUUGAUCCUGUGUUCAGUCUCAGAAAGUGCCAACAGUGAAGAACAGCUUUAAACAGGGGAUGAAACUAGAAGGCAUUGAUCCACAGCAUCCAUCUAAGUACUUUGUCCUCACUGUGGCUGAGGUGAGUCAGUUCCUCAUUGAUGCAGUUAAUGGAUCUUAAGAAGAAGCAAUAUUGUUAAGGAUUGAAAAUCACCUAUUGCUCACUGAAUAAUUGGUAUUCAGGAGGAUUGCAUGCAGGUAGGCUGUGUUUUGUUUCUCCAGUGUAUCAUGUCAUCUUCCAGGUCUGUGGUUAUCGUCUGCGGCUCCAUUUUGAUGGCUACUCUGACUGUCAUGACUUCUGGGUAAAUGCCAACUCCCCUGACAUCCACCCUGCAGGCUGGUGCGAGAGCACAGGACAUAAACUGCACACUCCCAAAGGUCAGCGAUGACACCUCUUUUACCACUAUAGAAAACCAACCAGCAGCAAAAGAAGGACCCAUAAGAAAGGAAUGUUUUCAAAAAAGUAUCUUCAAAAACUCAACAGAAAUGAAAGAGACAUCUUUCAAUUCUGCUGAGUUUUUGAAGAAACUCUUGUUUCAUUUCUCAUCUAGUUUUAAAUGACAAGUUGGAUUUAUUCAGGUAUUUUUUUAGUGGUGUAGAUACAAGCCAACACUUGGCUUCACAUAAACAUGAUGGUAUAGAAUAUCUAGCCUUAAUCUCUGUCAUGAUUAUUAAAGGUGGGGUAGGCAGGAUCUGAGUAAGUGCCAGUUUUGGGGUGAAAUCUUGGUAAUGCUUUCUUUUAUGGUACACUUAUUACCAGGUAAUUAACAGGUAAUUACCACGUGACUGUUUUUUGUUAUUGAUGUUUGUUUUGUUCUGUAAUGUGCAUGUGCUUUCGCAUUCUUUACAAGCAAGAUACAAUGCAAGGCAAAGGAAGAUUUUUGAGCGCAAGGGACGCUGUUCAAUGGAUUUUUUUGGCAUUGAAGGAUCAAGCUUGCUGUUAGAAGUUGAUUAACAAUCUCCUUGAGCUCCAAAUUAAUCAAACUUCUGAAGAGAAAGAGAGACUUUGUGUAUCCCCAAAAAUGAAAUCAUGGACUGUUUGAUUUUAAUUAAUUGAAUCCUCACUGUGCCUUUUUGUUUAAACUUCAGGUUGUAAAGAGGAGGAGUUUACUUGGGCAAACUACCUGAGAAUGACCAAAGCACUGGUGGCUUCCAAAGAACUCUUUUCUAGUCCUGGAAGGGUAAUGGAAAAUUUACAAUACAUGGAAGUAAUGUUAUCAACAAGCAUAAAAGCUUGUUAAUAUGAUAUGGUUGCUAUAAAAUACUCUUUUGAAAAUGUACACCCUACAUAUCAGUCUGAAAUAUUUUGGCCUCAAAUUGUUAGUCAAAGAAGACAUCAGUACCUCAAUAGAGAAAAAAAAUUGUGCCUUUUACUAGUUCUGCCUCUCAGAAUCAUACAUAUAAUUGUUGUAAUGAAAACCUAAUAAUUUUCAGACAUCUUGGAUCGAUCCUGACCUCAUGCUCACAGCAUAUAUUAUACAUUUGCAAUGCUAAAGCUUCAGUUCAUUUAUUGUAGUAAUCUGGUUCUUUUUCAAUGAAUACUGAAUUCCUUUCAAAAAUGUAGAAACAGUCACAACACAUAAUACUCCAACAGAGUUUCUUACAUCAGUGUGUCAGCUUGUCCACAGCUCUGUCUGACACUGUAAUGUUAACUGUAAUUUUUCUCUUCCCGUAUAGACCGAUGGGAAGUGUGGUUUUGAGACUGGAAUGAAGCUGGAAGCCGUCGACCGUAUGAACCCAUCCCUAAUCUGUGUAGCAACUGUCACUGAUGUGGUUGACAACCGUUUCCUGGUUCAUUUCGACAACUGGGAUGAUACAUAUGACUAUUGGUGAGCCUAAAAACAGUGGGGAUGGAACUAGCUUUGUAAAAUGAAUAGGAAAGGCAUCAAAUGAGCUGGAGUCUGAACAGCUUUUACGAAAGUAGGGUUUGCAAUUCAACUAUCAAUCAGUUAGUUAGUCAUCUUUCUCUUUAUGCAAGGAUAGUUUUGUGAGGGUCCUAUUGGGGAGGUUGGUUGAGGUAGGGCUCAUGCAGCCAGAAGGGGGUGCAGAAAGUGUUGGUUGCAGCAUGAUGAUCUAUGCAGGGUUGUUGGCUGGUCAAACCUAGUAAGAGUUUUUCAGGCUGUCCUGUCCUGUCCAGGCACUCCUGGUCUGUAAUCUGUAAAAUUUUAGAGUGUGUGUUGCCAGCAAUGUUUUUUCAGGCCCUACCAAACUCCACUGACGUUUUUUCUGUGGCAACUGACCAGCCAUCUUUUUCAAACUUAUGCCAAUUUUUCCUUCAUUGAUUUUUCUCCUUAGCUCCCUCUACAAAGUCUUAAUCUCCCCCUUAUCUUUUAACUGAAAAGAACACUUAAACAGACACAUGAAGCCUUUUAUUUUCAGAAACAUAUUAAAUUAAUUGAACUGUAGAUCAAGCAGCUGGAAAAGCCAGUUUGAAAAGAUACCAUUCCCAUGUAAACUGAUAAAAUUUAUCAGUUUACAUGGGAAUGGUACCUUUUCAUGUGAACUGAUCGAAUUUAUUGGUUUACAUCAUCACUAAUUUUCUUUAAUGUAAUGCGCCACUCCUCUGCAGUUUUUCAUAUUAACCACUCAGCAAACAGUCCUCAAACAGCAGAAAUAAUGACAUUUUAAUACACCACUGUAAGAAAUUAAAGGCUUUUUUUUUUUCCUGAAAAUUAUGUCACGCUAUUAAAGACGUAUCAGAUAGGAAAUAUAUAGUCUGAAAAAAAUGCAUGAUACCCCCCUCCCUUAACAAAGUUGGAUUCCAUCCAAAAGAACUAAACAAACGCUUGAGUGAGGCUGACUAAACUUACUGAAGCAAUAAGGGAAAGAACAAACGACAGUGGUGUAAAUACAAUAUUAACUUGUGAUGUUAACUAUUAUCUUUGGUCAUUAUCAAAUCUUGCUAUCUGCUAACUAUGUCUAUUUUCUCACAGCUAAUUAUUAUGUAGUUUUCAGGAUGUUUAUUUCAAUGUUGAAAACAACUGACUGCCUUUGCCAUCUUGAUGGCAAAGCAUCAUAAACUUCAAUCAAUAAACUCAAAGAUGCAAACAAAAUCAGGAAGAUGCACAUUUGGGUUUGUCAUCAUGAAUGGAGAUUUUACAUCACAAGUGGUUACUUUUUGGUUGUUGUAAUAGAAAGCUUCAUGUGAGCAUUAGCCAUAUCUGGUUUGUCAAAAUCUUUAGGUGCGAUCCAAGCAGCCCAUACAUUCACCCUAUUGGUUGGUGCCAGGAAAGGAACCUGCCACUAACACCACCGCAAGGUAACUAAUGUGUUAGCUGUUAAUCAUUAGUUUGUCAUGUAUAUAUAUAUAUAUAUAUAUAUAUAUAUAUAUAUACAUACACUACAGGCCAAAAGUUUGGAAGCAAGGCCAUUGCAGGCUGAACAGUUGGGAGUAACUUCAAGUUUUUGUUCACAAUGCUUUUUUUAAAAUCCAGCAUGAGUUUUAUGUAUUUUGGGAUGUAUUUACUCCAUGAUCAGAUGUAGCUUUUAUGGAAAUGCACCAUUUUACUCCAUUUACCUUUAGAUAUACACUGAUGUUAACAGACCAUUGUUAAAUUUAUGUCAGCAAAAGAUAAUAAGGCUAAGUUUUAGGGUUGAAAACAUUUGCAAGAGUCACAACUUCAGUGCAAAAGCAAAAAACAAAUCACAGUUGGAUUAUUCACUUUAACUUUUUGGCUUUUGAGAGUCUGCAUACAAAAAUCCUAAUAAAGUUCAACUGCGUUCAAACUACCGCAAAAAUGGCUAGAAAGAAGCAACUGAGUAAAGAAACAAAAGUACAGAUUUGUACACUAAGGAAAGAAGGAUACACAGAAAGAGAAAUUGCAAAACGCCCAAAGGUGUUUAACAAAGGAGUCCACUACACUCUAAGGAGACUAAAGGAACCUGGAAGUUAUGAUGAUAGAAAAAGACCUGGACGAAGGAGAGUUACUAAAAAAGCAGAGGAUAAACAUAGCAUUGUCACCAGUAAGAGAAAUCGGCAAAAGACAGCACCACAAAUAAGGGAGGAAAUCAACAUGACAAGGUCGAAACCCAUAUCUCUGACAACCGUGAAAUGACGUUUGAGAAAAGCUGGUCUGAAGGGUUGUGUAUCUGAAAAAAAACACUACUUUGUCCACAGAACAAGAAAAAGAGAUAUGAGUGGGCAAAAGCUCACAAAAAUUGGACUUAUGAUGACUAGAAACAAGUUUGCACUGUUUGGUUCAAAAUGCAGAGUCUAUGUCCGCAGACAAACUGGUGAACGUCUGAAAGCACCAUGUGUUACACCCACAAUUCAGCAUGGAGGUGGUAGUUCCAUGGUAUGGGGAUGUUUUGCAGGUGAUGGAGUAGGAGAUUUGUUUGAAGUAAAGGGUAUCAUGAGGAAGGAACAGUACCACUCCAUCCUCCAGCACCAUGCUGUUCCAUCUGGACUCAGACUUGUGGCUCAUAAGUUUAUUUUGCAGUAAGACAAUGACCCUAAGCACUCUGCCAAGCUCUGUCAGGGUUACCUUGACAAAAAAGAAGAGGAAGGUGUUCUUCAAAAGAUGGUUUGGCCCCCUCAGUCUCCAGACCUUUCUCCAAUUGAGCUUGUGAGGGAUGAAUUGGAUCGAUCGGUCAGAAAAAUGCGUCCCACGAAUCAGCAGUCACUUUUUAAUGAACUUAAGAAAGCUUGGAAUGCAAUCCGUGGAACAUACCUUAAAAAACUUGUGGAACGAAUGCCUGGUAUAUGCCAAGCUGUUGUUAAAGCCAGAGGAGGUUACUUUAAAGAAAGCAAAGUCUAAGCAACAAUAACUCAAAUACCUAAUAAUUAUAGUCAAAAUGUCUUCUGAUAAGUUACUCUUUACACAAUAGUCAUGUUUACUGUGUUGCAAAUUAUAUAUAUGAAACUAUGAUCUUUUUUUGUACAAAUCUGAUCUUGCUUCCAAACUUUUGGCCUGUAGUGUAUAUAUAAACCUCUUAAAACAUCUCAGUUUAAUUUCGUUUGUUGUCUUUUUUUGUAUCAGAUUACCCAGAUCAGAGCAUGUUUUCCUGGUCUCGCUACUUGGAAGAGACAGGUUCCAGAGCCGUGCCUGCUGAUGCAUUUAAAGUGGUGAGUAUGGAUAAAUUUGAAGAGAUGCAUGGUUUUUUGCUGUCAGUUAUAUCAGUUACUUAAAGCCUAUCAUGGAUGUCAAAACAGCUGGAGAUUUUGUAGAGAUCUACUAUAUAUCAGGCCCAAUGACUUUUUAAUCUAGAUAACAAUUACUGUUAUUGCCAACUAACUAAGUACUGUUUCUACACAUGAUGACUUCCAUCAUUCUCCCUCAUGUCCUGGCAGCUCUCUAUGGUUUAUCUUGCAAUUGAAGGUAAAAGUAAAUAAGUUACAAAGCUCAAAAUGUUUAUAUUUUUCAAUCUGGGGGAUCUCCACUUAAAGGUGGUGGUAUUCAGGAUCUGAGGAAGUGCCAGUUUUGGGGAAGAAUCUUGAAUGUAAACUCUACCCCUCCCAACCAGUUUUCCCCUCAGCUCCUCCUCUCCCCUCCCUCUCUGCUCCUGCAAGCCCCACCCACAAACAGACGCUUGUCCUCGCUCGUAUCUUUUUAAUUAAAUCCAGAUAUAAUGCAGAUAAAUACUUCAGAUAAUUACAAAUGGGGCUCAGUCAACAAGAAAGUGAAUAGCAUUGGUGCUACUGUAGAUGCCAACAGACUGCCAGCAAACACAAUGUUUGCAGGAGUUCUACAACUAGGAUAAAGUGACACAGUCCAGGACCAGAGGUUAACAGUUUAGCGGCGCUACAACACGCAGCAGGUCCAGUUUGACAAGAAACACUUCUGUUACAGACACUUGGUUUACUUUGUUAAAAUGGUUUACCUGUCCAGCAGAAUGGUUACAGGGUCUAUAAGAUCCCGAAACAUCCCCCAAUUGUUUAUGCCUCAUUGAUGUUAACCCAGCUUUUUUAGCUCUUGUCUGGGUGGUCUACCUCCAUUUUAAGAGCCCGUUAUUCUGCCAGAGUCUCCAGUAUUUACUUUGUUUUCUUGCUUGUGUCGGCAGUCGUGGCCAAUGGAGGAUUCAGACAAUUUUCCGAACUUUCUGGUUGGUUUCUACUGUCUGAUAUUGAUACAUGCUAACUUUGUUUGGGCUUGUGAAUGUUUUUUUAAGAACGUGGAGUGCGCCUCACAACAUGAGGGAGUAGGGCCUGCCUUGCAACCAAUCAGGAAGGGGGAGGCGGAGAAGAGCUUUGUUUACAUUUAGAAAGAGCGGGCCGCUCAAAAAUUUUAAAAUGUUGACUACACAGGCAUAAGACAACACAGCAACAUGGUGAUAUUCUCAAAUGUCAUCAACAACUAACAGCUAUUGACUGAUAAUAAAAGCUUUUUUGUAUAUACACCACAACAAAGAUGCUUCUUUAACGGAUUCCUGCCUACCCCACCUUUAAUAUUUCAGAUGAGGGGAUUUUUAAACUUUUCUCUCGGUGGCUCUAUCUAGGUAAACACACUGGGACCCUCAAUUAGACAUGAGUUUGCCUCAUUGUGGUUUUGACACAGGAUUAAAUAAAAAUUAUUUAAUCAAAGGAGCUAUGAGGGUUGUUUGCAUGCUGAGGUUGUGGACAUUGCUUUGCUGCGAAACAGCCACACCCUAUGUUCACCUAAUUCACCUAAUUACGUCUGUCAGGGAGAGGAAAAGAGUGAGUUGGAGCACAAGUGGACUGUGUUAAUGUGGCUUCUUGAGCCAUCUGUCCUUUACACAACUGUACAAACAUACACUUUGUGACAGACUGGGCAUUGUAAACAUUAUUGCAAAUUUGUGGGUUAUCUCCAACAUUAAUGCACAUAAUCCCACACUAAAAGACAGGCUGUAAGGUAAAAUAAAAAUAGUAUUGAGGCUAAUCAAUAAAUACUGUAUAUUUUUGUGCAUUUUUCAUGGCUAAAGCCAGUACUUUAUGGAAAGUGUGUUCGACAUUUCUUUUGCUAAAUUUGUGUUCUUUGAGGAAAUUAAUCAUCUUGUCUGGUCUCCAGCGUGCACCCCACAACUUCCAUCCUCAGAUGAAACUGGAAGCUGUGGAUAAGAGAAGUCCUGGUCUGAUCAGAGUGGCAACAGUAGAAGAGGUUGACACUCAUCGCAUUAAGGUCAUUACUGUGUGUGUUGUCUGCUUGUAUUCCUGAGUUAUUAAGCUCAUUAAGUAAUCGUUGUAAUAUUUUCAAGAUCUCUCAGAUCCGUUCCAGCUCCAAACAUAACUUAGUUAAGAUGGGAUGUCUAUUUUAAUAAUAAUAAUAAUAAUAAUAAUAAUAAUAAUAAUAAUGAUUAUAAUAAAAACAGAAGCUUACAAAGUGCUUUGACAUGUAAUCACAGAGCACAUGGAAAAAGACAGAUAAAAAGAAAAAGCUCAGUUCAAAUGGAAUUGAAGGCCAUUUUCAUGUCAUAGUGAACCCAGACAAUACAAGAACCAUGCAACAUAAAAUGAGAACAUGAGGACCAAAAUAAAAACAUGAAAUAGGUAAGAAAAAAGGAAAAUGCAAUUAAAAGGGAGGACGAAAGCGGAAACAGGAUAGUAAAUAUAAAAGGCAAUAUCAACAAUGAUAAAGUAAUAACAGGUAAUCCUGAUAAUAAUAGUAAUGAUAAAAUAGAGCAACAUAAAUGAGCAAGAGAUAAAACAAUGAAAGGCCUUAAAGGUUAAUUAAGAAAAGAGUACAAGUAUAACAAAAGUUAAAAAGACAGUAAGGCCGAAAUAUGAUAGAGGUAAAAGAGAUAAGAGAUGACAGAUAAGAGAUGGAGAUAAACGAUAAAAGAGAAAAGACGGCAUCAUACAAAAGCAAGUCUGUAAAAGCAAGUUUUUAAAUUUGACUUAAAAGAGGUGACUGUCUCUGCACGCCUUAUCUCUUCUGGCAGGUCAUUCCAAAGUCGAGGAGCUCUGAUGGAGAAAGAUCGAUCACCUUUGGUUUUGAGCCUCGACUUUGGAACGACCAGGAGGCCUUCACCAGAGGAUCUGAGGCUGUGAGUUGGUUCAUAUGGUAUUAAAAGCUCUGAAAUGUAGCUUGGAGCAAGUCCUUUGAGUGCUGUAAAAGUAAUCAAUAAAAUCUUAAAAUCAAUUCUAAAACUGACAGGAAGUCAGUGAAGGGAGGCUAAAACUGGAGUUUUCCAGCCUUGAGAAAAUGAAAGCGUGGAUUAUUUUUUCGAGAUCUGGUGGGGUGAGUAUUUGUUUAAUCUUUGAAACUAAGCGCAGGUGAAAAAAGCAGGACUGGACGAUCUUAUUGAUAUGGGUGGAGAAGGUGAGGUCUGAAUCAACGAUUACUCCCAGAUUUCUGGCUGUUGGUUUGAUGAUUAAUGAAUGUGGACCGAGACAAGACUGCCAUCCAACUUUUAAUGUCACUUAGAUAGUCCAUGACAGCAGCUAGGCUUCUUGGGUCCUCAGGUCUCAAAGGAAGGUAUAACUGUGUGUCCUCUGUAUAGCAGUGAAAGGAGACUUUGUGGCGCUGAAUUAAUUGGCCGAAGGGCAGCAUGUAGAUAGAAAAUAAAAUUAGACCUAAAACUGAACCUUGCGGAACACCACAGGCGAUAGCAGAGGUAGAGGAGGUGUGAUUGCCUAUGGUGACCGCAAAGGUUUGUUCUAUAAGAUACGACUGGAACCAACUAAGUGCAGUGCCCCUGAUACCCACCCAUUUUUUUAAGAAGCGCAAUUAAAAUAGCAUGAUCAACUGUAUCAAAAGCUGCACUGAGAUCUAAAAGAAUUAAAAUCGAGCCCUCCUCUCCAUCUGCUGCUAAAAGAAGGUCAUUGGUCACACGGGAAGGGCAGUCUCAGUGCUGUGACCUGCUCUAAAACCAGACUGAAAUUUCUCAAAGAGGUUGUUUUCAGACAUAAAACCUAAAAGCUGUUUAGAAACCACCUUCUCUAAAUGUUUGGAUGAAAACGAAAGUUUUGAAAUUGGUCCAAAAUUGUUAAAAUCAGAGGGGUCAAGGUUUGGCUUCUUUAAAAGGAGUUGGACCACAGCGUGUUUAAAAGCAGAGGGAAAUACUCCCUCUACCAGAGAGCAAUUAAUAAUGGAUAAAAUGCUGGGCCCGACCGUCUUAAAAACCUCUUUGAGAAACCUGGUGGGGAUAAAAUCAAGACUGCACGUAGCUGCUUUCAUGUGGGCUAAAAUAUCAGAUAAAAAGGGUAAGGACACCGGCUCAAAACUGCUAAAAUAGUCCUUAACUUCCCGACUUACUAAUACAGAGAGACUGGGAGGAGUGAUUUGAAGCGUGAUGUCCAUAACCUUGUUAAUAAAAUGAAUUAAAAACUUCUCACAGGUGUCUUGAGAAGCAUCACUAAAAUAAGAGGGAGAGGGGUUGGAAAGUGACUCUAAAACCUUGAAUAAAAUUCUAGGGUUCGAAUGAUUAGCUAAAAUCAAAUCAGAGUAAAAUGCUGCCCUUGCAUCCUUAACUGCCCUCUGGUAUUUUCGUAUGGAGUCUCUCCAGAUUUCAAGAUAAACCACCAGACCAGUUUUCUUCCAUUUACAUUCAUUUCUUUGACAUAUCCUCUUUAGUUCAUGUGUGGACUCUGUUAGCCAGGGCUGGGGUUCUUUGUUUGAUCUUUUCUUUUUCAGAGGAGCUACAGAGUCGAGGAUGGUUUCACGCAUAUUGUUAAAAAGAGAGACAAGCUCUUCAGUGUUAAAAAGUGGAUUAAAAUCUGUUUUGAAGGCAGAUAAAGAUGCAGAGAUAAAAAGCUCCAAAAACUUGCUAGCAGAUGUUGCAGUAAAAACCCUUCUAUAAACAGGAGUGUGAUCAAUAGAGGAAGGCUGGGAUAAAACCAUGGAGAAUAAAACCAGUUUGUGAUCUGAGACACAGAUAUCCUUUGUUAAAAACUCCCCAGGACUAAGUCCAGUAAAUAAAACCAAAUGUAGGCAAUGUCCCUUUACAUGAGUUGGUUCCUGUAUUGCCUGGGUUAGAUUAAAGGAGUCCAAAUUUUCAAUAAAAUCAACAGUCAAGGGUUGUGAGGGACAGCAGACAUGUACAUUAAAAUCACCCAAAAUAAGAGUUUUGUCAUAUUUACAAAUUAAAAGGGAUAGAAACGCUGAAAACUCCUGAAUAAAAACAGCGUUGAGUUUGGGUGGUCGGUAAAUUAAAUUAAUUAUUAUUAAAACAGGAUCUUUCAAUUUUACAACAAAAGAAAGGUGCUCAAAAGAACUUAAAGUGCUGUUGGUGAUGAGGGUGGAUUUAAUAUUCUUCUUGUAUAUGACAGCCACCCCCCCUCCCCAGCCUGGCUGCUGGGGCUGAUGGAGGGGCUGAUGGAGCUAGGCUGAUUUUACCUGUUGAUUUGAGCAGAAUGUACAGGUAAUAAUUUAAAUGUGUGAUGGCUCUACCUCUUUUCUUCCCUCAGGUCCAUUAUGAUGGCUGGAGUCAUGUCUAUGAUGAAUGGAUGGACGCUGAUCACCCAGACAUUCACCCGGCCAACUGGUGUGAAGCAACUGGUCAUCCACUUAAAGAGCCCCCACGGGAAGCUAAAAUACAGCAACCACAUGGUAGCAAACAACAUUUUAAGCUGUAAUGUUCUGUGGCUACUAACCGUCAAACUUUUUUUACAGUAGGUCUUGAAGGCCAAAAGAAAAAUAAAGUAAUUUAUGUCCAGAAUUAGCCAAGUGUAUCACCUGGAAGGCUCUGCAACAUUCAAACUAUCAAUUAUCAAAGUAUCUACUGUUGAAUAAGACUGUCAUUUGUAGUCUGUAAUUUCAUUCUUUUAAAAAGUGUAAUUUUUUUUUCUAUGCGGUGAAAGAUUGAUUAGUCAUUUAUUUUUGCCUCUUUUUUGAAGACAAUGUUCCAUGUGUUUUUUGAUAUAGUGCAGCAGAAAACCGCAUAUUUCAAGAGAAUUGUUCAAAUGGUGAUGCAAGCAUGAAAUUUGGCACAAAUACCCUCUGAGGGCCAUGCUUUUGAAAAAAUGACGUUAGACACUUCAAAAUUUCAUUUUUCAAGAUGGUUGCCACUUUAGUUGAAAAUUGGUAUGUUGAGUGUACAUGGGUCACUUGACCAGAAACUGCUCACAACCACUUUUAAGAUUGUAGCCAUUCUUUGAGAUUGCCACCUGAAUCCCCUAGAUGACUGCCAUUUCUGUGCAGUGUUAUUGGGUUUUUGAGGACCAAAAGCAUAUUGUUCUUUCACACCUUCACAGGUUGUGAUACUGUGUCAACCUUUUGCAACAAAGGCAAAAAGACUGCCUGGCAAACAUGAGACAUUUACCCUGAGGCCUCUCCCAUCUUCAGCAAAUCAAGUCAAUACCCUCCUGUACUGACUGAUGGCAACCCUGAGAUCCUGGAGAAGUCUGUGGUCCUGAUGUAUGAUAGAUCAACUACAGCUGUUAGUGUGGAUGAGGCUAAACUUGACAUGUUUGCCCGAAAGCAUAUGAAGCCCUUCCUACAACAAGAACAGCUCUACUUCAACACACUAAACAUGCAGCAUUUCAUGCAGGCUGCAUAUGAGCUCAGGCAGCCGAGGGCCAGCCAAAAACAGAGAGUCCUGCUGGGGAUGGACAAAGGUUGGUGAACUAUGGUGGGACUUUUGGACAGCGAAUACACCAGUUGCACAAAGUUGUCAACAGCUGGCCAAGUGUGGCUAUAAAUUAGAGUGCUGUGGAAGGUGCAAAUCCUUCAGAUUGGGGUUCACCUGUACAGCACCUUGAAGUUGCAAAUAUGAAUAGAGAAGUAAGCAGCGAGCUUGAUGUACAAGUACAUUAUCCUAGACAUGAUGCCCCCAAUCCAACCCUUGAUGCUGAUUACCAUUUUAAAGUCAUUGGUAUGACUUUUUUGUUCGGAGCCCUGUACAUUCAGCACCACAGCUGUGCUACUUUAAUCAUCUUUCUUUUUGUUUCCCCUUACCCCGAAAUGAUGUACACACACACACACACACACACACACACAUAUAUAUAUACAUAUAUGUAUGCAUGUAUGUAUGUAUGUAUGUAUAUAUAUAUAUAUAUAUAUAUAUAUAUAUAUAUAUAUAUAUAUAUGUGUGUGUGUGUGUGUGUGUGUGUGUGUAUAUUUAUUUAUAUGAGCAAAAACAUUUAAUUUUUAAAAAGAUCUCCCUUGUGACUGUUACCUUGUUGUAGUAAAGUAGCUUGUGUAUCAGCCUAGGUUUCACCAAAUCGGACAAGUCAAAGGGAAGGAGUUCGACAAAACACUGUCAAAAAAACUAACUUUGACCUUUUUGAGGAAAUGCAAACUAAGACGGUAAUACUGUAAAUAAUUAAUAUUUAAAGAUCCAGGUGGCAAUCUCAAAGAAUGGCUACAAUCUUGAAAUUUUAAUGGCUGCAAGCAGUUUGUAGUCAAGUGACCCACAUACACUCAUCAUACCAAUUUUCUACUCAAGUGGCAGCCAUUGUGAAAAAAAGCCAUUGAGCGUCUAAUGUCUUUUUUUGAAAGAGUGAUGCUUAGAGUAUAUCUGUGCCAAAUUUCAUGCUUGCAUCACCAUUUGAACAUUUUUUUACUUAUCUGCUACACUAAUAGCUCUGUUAGUUUGUUUCCAUUGUAUUUCCUUAAACUUAUUAAUGUCACAAGUAACACUUGAGGCUUUUAUUAAACAAGUCAAAGACUAGUAAAAAUUAUGACAAGUGAAAAAGGCUGUUUGGUGUGAACACCUCUUGUGAACUGCAAGGAUUUGCUUUUUUCACAGGAUAGCAUUUGUGAAAGAUCUUUUGUUUAAUUGUUGGGAUUCAAAUGUAUCUUUUAAAUGUCUGCAGGGGUGAGGGAGUCUCUUGCUACAGGCCAGUCUACCUACCAUUCCUCUGUUCCUUGUAAACCAAUUAGCCAUCCCAGAACCAACAAGUACAGCUUCCACAACAGGUCAGAACUAAAUUCAAUCUUAACACCAGGUCACUCAAUUUAAACACCCAUGUUUGACAUCUGUUUAAAAAAAAAAAAAUGUUAUCCUCUCGCAUUCUCUCAAAAUGCAAUGUGGGGUCCUUCUUUUGAAACAGGAAGUGUCCAACCCCUGGAUGUGAUGGCUCAGGUCAUGUAACUGGUCGUUUUACUGCUCAUCAUUGUAUUUCCGGCUGCCCUUUGGCUGAGCGAAACCAGGGUAGGCUGAAAACUGACCUCUCUGACUCAGAAAGCAAGAGGAACCUUUUCUUUGGACACAGGACCAAAAAAGCCCAUUAUCGUGGCAGGUAAAAGUGUGUUUAUGUGUGUGUGUAUGCAUGCAUGCAAACAUACAUGUUUGUGUUUUUUUACAUUGAUUUUUCCCUCCUCUUUCAGAAUUGGCCGUCCACCCAAAUACAGAAAGAACCAGCAGAGAGACUACCAGAGUGAGUGGACUGCAAAGCAUUGACGUUUUUUUAUUUGCAUCCUCAGGGAGGGCACCCCCUUAAACUUAUGGGGCAAUUCUUUGUCUAUGGAGCUAAUUGUUAUUUCAGAGAAAGCUGUCAUGUCACAAGUGAGUGGGAUUUUUUUCCUCCACUGUAAUUUUAUCUUCCAAUGGUUGUUUUGUUUCCAUCUCACUUAGCCCAAAAGUCAUGAUAAAAUAUAUUUUUAAACUUAAUUUCCAGUUUACAGUGUCAGAAUGCUUGAUGUUGAAGAGAUAAGAACAGAACAAUAAACGUAGAGUACAGCACUUUAAAUAGCCACAAUUUGUAUGGUUAUACAAAAAGCAUCUCAAAAGUAAAGUCGUAUUUUUAUAAACUGAGUAGUGAGGAAAAGUGACAUGAAUAUUAGUGACAUGAAAAGUUUAACAGCUGACCUUCUGAAAGCAGGCAAGUAAAGCCUCUAUUGGUGCAAGUUGAUAUGACACUGAACUGAUAUAGGGGCCCAAAUUGGUGAGCAGCGCAGCCCGGCGUAAGUAUCCCCCCUCCCUAACUCAGCUCCUCCCAGCGGCGUAAGUCGUAGCGAGGAAGGAGAGAGGGCGUGGAGUGGGUUUAACACAGCAGAGACUUGUAUUGGCCAAUAACAUCAGCUCCUCUCCUCACCUUUAAAUCUGCCACCGGCGAGGUGUAUUACAAUUUUUGUGAAGUAGUCAAGAUCAAGAGAUGUCUGAAGACAGGAAUGCCACACGAUGGCGACAGAAGGCAGCCCCUCAACAAGUGUCGCUGUAAACGCUUCAGAGGACGUCCUUCACACUGUCUCAUAUAAGGCUUCACGAUAUGAGAUUUUGGUCAUAUCCUGAUAUAGCUCAUUUUAUAUCCCGAUACGAUAUACAUCACGAUAUAGUACAUUUUUUGUAAAUUCAAUUGAUGUUUAGUCUAAUAAAAUAUAAAAUAUAAUAUUCGUAUGUAGGCUUGAAGUAAAUAACUCAUCUGAUCAUUAAAAUAAAUUAUCUGAUCAGCCGUGCCACCGCAUCAGCAGCAGGAUGGAGAGAGGACACAGAGACACGUUGGGUGUUGUGCCAUAGAAUGUACCCCUGCUGUAGAAUGCCCCCCUGACGGGAGUGCGGUUGAAGAUACAUAACAAGGCGGAAUAAUCCAAGUUUUCCUUACCGUUGGACUGAUUCUAAAGCGUGUGCCUUUAAUGAUUUCAUUCAGGCUUUUCAGAUAUGCUGAAAACAACAGCCCUCUGAUUCGGAAUAUUUGCUGCCCCGAAAAUAUAAUGUUCUCUACCAUGACAGCUAACUGUACAGUUUAAAUACGCAAAUACACCUCUCUAUGUGCUUUUUUAAAAAACCUAAAAACAGAACGAAAGUUUGCUGCUCCAUUUGACAUGUUGUCAUGAUCAAUACUAUGUUUUUUUAAAUAUGAGAUAAUUUUUUUUCCACUUUAAGAAGCUAAUGAGUGGAUGGGAUGCAGGGGUGCAUUCUACGGCAUAACACCUAUCAAGCUGUGCGAGGAAGAAGGAGGAUAAGCGGGGAGACGAAUUAAAUAUCUUGUUAACUUCAUCAUGUGUGACUGUUUACUGGAUAUUUAAUUUAAUGCGGUUUCAGCUGUGUUAAUUCGGUCAGGUGGAGUGUCCAAACACGCUCAUCAGAUCAGAUAUAGAUCAGAGUAUAUCGAUAUAGAUUUACAUGUAUGUGCUGACUCAGAAUAAAACUACAGCGGUCUGCUCCGUGUCGCUCCUUUUAAAACCAAACCACGGCCACACAACCGACGUUGCCCCCCAACCUUGUGGUUUGCAGACUACCAAGACAGUAAUAAUAAUGCAUCAGAUUUCAUAUAGCGCUUUUUUAGAGACCCUCAAAGCGCUUUACAUUGGAUACAUCAUUCAUUCGCUCACACAGUCACACUUUGGUGGUGGUAAACUACCUUAGUAGUCACAGCUGCCCUGGGGCAGACUGACGGAAACGUGGCUGCCAUUUUCCACCUACGGUCUCUCCGACUACCACCACACAACACUCGCAAUCAUACACCAGUGGAGGACACGCACUGGGGGUAAGGUGGGUCAAGUGUCUUGCCCAAGGACACAACGGACAGACUUGGGAUAGGGGGGAAUCGAACCGCCAACCUUCCAGUUAUCGGACGACCGCUCUACCUCCUGAGCUACUGCCGCAGUAGGCCACAAUGCGUCCAGAUGGCUGGUUCUACUUCUUCCAUUCCAAAAAUCUCUUAAGGUGUACCUCAAGGUUCAAUCUUGGGACCUAUUUUAGUUUCUAGUUAUAUUAAUAACUUGUGUGUUAACUUGUUAAAUGCCUCUUAUCACUUUUAUGCUGAUGACACUGUCAUCUAUUGUUGUUCAUCAUCAGUUAUCCAGGCUUUUGAGUUUUUGCAUUCUGCUUUUGAUGUUGUUCAAUCUCAACUACAGAAACUCAAAUUAGUCUUGAAUGCAAAUAAAACCAAACUCAUGGUAUUUUCGAGCAAGAGUGAGUUACCUGGGAACAUUCCCUCUAUCCUAACUUUGCAGGGUGUACCCAUUUAGCUUGUAUCUGUGAAUAAAUAUCUGGGUUUUCUUGUUGAUCACAAGCUUUCUUUCAAAGCACAUAUUGCUAGUUUGGCCACUAAGCUCAGGCUAAAAAUAGGUCUCUACUACAGGACUAAAUCCUGCUUCUCCCUCGGUGCUCGAAAAUGCCUUUUAUCUACUACCUUUCUUCCACUGUUGGAUUAUGGUGAUGUUUUAUCUAUGACUGCUUCAGCCAAAUGCCUGCAGUCCUUAACUCCUGUCUAUCACUGUAUGCUGAGAUUUGUUACUGGUUGUUGUCGUCUAACGCAUCAUUGCGACUUUGUGCCAAGUCUGGCUGGCCUUCUCUGAGUACUCGCAGGUUCACUCACUGGAUGACUCUAAUUUAUAAGGUUCUUCUUGGCUAAGCUCCUUCUUAUUUAUGUGAUCUUCUUCAAAGGACUGAAAGCCACUACACCCUGCACUCAAACAACACUAUCCAUUUGAUUGUUCAGCGAAUCAGAACUGAACUGGGCAAAAAAGCGUUUUUCAGUUUUACUGCCACUUCAGCAUGGAAUACUCUCCAGACUAACCUGAAAUUGUCAGAAUUAAUUUAGCUGGAAGCACUUUGUUCAAUCUUACAUGACAGACUUUGGGAGACCAUGGAACAGUGCCUGUGUUUUUAAUUAUGUUUCUGGAGGUCAUUUUCUUCUUCUUUAUUAUUACUAUUUAUUAUUGUGAUGUAUGCUGCCGACCUCUUGGCCAGGUCACUCUUGGAAAUGAGAUCUCAAUCUCAACAAGUUUUUACCUGGUUAAAUAAAGGUUACAUAAAAAAUAAUAAUAACUGAUGAUUUCAUUGUUAAAAGGGAAGAAGCUAUCCAAUUCUCAUUCAAUGGAAAUUUCUGUUCCUUUUAAGUCUAGCAGUAAACCAGGCCAGAUCAAGAAAAGACUGCCCAAAAAAGGUUUGGGCAAAAACAACCCAACAUACAUGAAGUACGGUGGCAGUUCCAUUUUUGAAAUACUGGGUCAUUAAUCCACAACAUUGUUAAUCUGGGCAUGCUUGUAUCUUUUCGUUUGUCCUCAGAUUUGUCUCCAGAGAGUAUGUAUCCCUCAUUAUUCAUGUCAACUUUAAGCAGUCAGUCAGACAGGACUCUGUCUCUGUGUUGGGAACAGCACUGUAAGCUGCUGCCCGGCGUUGAAGGCAUUCAUGCCAGCCAGGUGGCAGGAUGGGGCAUUGAAGAGGUGAAAAAUCUUAUCAUUUUCCUAUAAAUAAUUAUUUCCUUUCUUGAGUUGUUUGUAAUUCUCCAGUUUAUUUGACUGCAUUCACUCUGUUGCAUUUGUGCCACAGGUCUUUAGGUUUGUCCAGAAUUUAAUUGGCUGUGAAGAACAAGCUCGGCUCUUCAAAGAGGAAGUAAGACCACAAAAAUUUCAUGUAUUUAGGGGUUAUUCCCAUCAUUCUGGGUACACAUUUUCAAAUGUGUGCAGCCCCCCCUUACUGAAGACAUGAGAACAAUCAAACAACAGCAUGUUUAUUGGGUUUCUGUAGGGAUUUUUCUCUUAUUUUACCUCUUUAUUGAAGACAUCCUCCUUGUCUGGGCAUCUCAUGGGGACUUGGUUAUACAUAAACUGAACUCGGCCUUGUUGCUAACUUUACUUUUAGGACCCAUGAGUAUAAGUGGAAAAAAAAAAAAAAAGCUUGUGUUGAAAUCAUUUAAGGAGAAAUGUAUCUUUUACACUGCCAGAUAGAAAUAAAGAUUUUAAGCCCAAGGGUAUUAAAGAAUGCAAUAAUAACCAAAUAAAAGCUCAAGUUUAUUAUAAAUAACAAUCCCUAUGUUGGAGACAGCUAAACAGAAAUGGAUAACUGACCACCUGGUACUGUAAAAUGCUAUCUUUGCAAUGUUUGAUAUAAUAUAGUUACUGUUUAUGCCAGUCAAAUGAACUUUAAUUUGCUUUAACUUAAUUUAUAUAGCAGUUUUAAAAAGAAGGGUUUACAAAGUGCUUUGACAUACUGAAAAACAAAGCAGCUAAAUAAAAACAACAAUGAAAGAACACUCAUGAAGAGAGAACCUAAACAGGAACAGAAACCAGAUCAGAAUCCAGAAACCAGAGACUGACUUAAAGAGACUGAAAUAAGAAAUAAGAAUAAAAACUAAAAGCAUCAAGAGAAAUAAAAUUGGGAAUGAAAAAAUAAAUGUAGGAAGACGAUUUAAUCAAAUUAUAAGAAUUAUUUGACCAGCUCUCAAAUAUAGCUGUUCAUAUACACUCACAGGCCAAUUUAUAAGGUACACCUUGCUAGUGCUUUGCCUUUAGAACUGCUUUAAUUAUUUGUAGUUUACUUUCAACAAAGUGUUGGGGACAUUCCUUAGAGAUUUUCAUCCAUUUUAACAUGAUGGCAUCACACAGGUGCUGCACAUUUGUCAGCUGCACAUCCAUGAAGUGAAUCCCCUGUUUCACUACACCCCAAAGUUGCUCCCACUGAAUUACAGUGAGCUCAGUGUCAUGUUCAAGAAACCAUUUUUAGAUGGUUUUAGCUUUGUGACAUGGUGCGUUAUCCUGCUGGAAGCAACUGUUAGGAGAUUGUUCACUGUGGUCAUGAGGGGAUGGACAUUGUCAGUAACAAUACCCAAGUAGGCUUUGGAGUUUAAACAAUGCUUAGGUGGUACUAGGGGGCAAGAGGUGUGCCAAGAAAAAAACUCGCCAUUACACAACCAGCAGCAGCCUGAACCACUGAUACAAGGCAGGAUGGAUCCAUACUUUAAUGCUGUUCAAAUUCUGACCCACCAUCUGAAUGUUGCAAAUCCUCUAUGGUCCAAUUUUUAUGAAAUUGUGAAUUUUUCUGUACUUAGCUGACAAGACUUGCACCCAGUUUGGUUUUCAGCUAGUGUUGUCCAACUACUUUAAGGUUCAACGUGUUGUGCACUGGAUAUUUUCUCUUUUUCUGACCUCUGACCCCAUUCUCUGACCUUGAGUAAACCCUGGUGAUGGUUAUGUGUGAAAAUCCCAGCAGAUCAACAGUUUCUGAAAUACUUAGACCAGCCUGUCUGGCACAAACAACCAUGCUGCAUUCAAAGUCACUUUACUCUUGUUUUUUUUCCCAAUCUGAUGCUCAGUUUGAACUUCAGCAAGUCAUCUUGACCAUGUCUACAUGCUUAAAUGCAUUGAGUUGCUACCAUGAGGCUGGCUGAUGAGCUUUUUGUGCUAACAAGCUAACUGAAUAUGUGUACCUAAUAAAGUGGCUGUGAGUGUAGAUGAUGCCCUUCCAUAUGCAUACUUAAGUAAAACGGACUAUAAGCCAAAAAACUGGCUUGAGGAUUUUAAUAACUUAUAAUAAAUGCCUGACAUUGCUGCCAGUGGGUCAAAUGAUGAUGAAUGCAAUUACAACAAUACAACAGUAAAACUGUUUGUUCAUAUUCUCAACAGCAGUCAGCAGUAUGCUGGGUAGCAGGAUAAGAUUUUUCAAUGUAGGGCACUGUGCAUACAUAAUGACUAGGAUCAAUAAAGAGAUAAUAAUAUGUACUGCUUUGUCUGUUGGGAUACAAACCAAUAGAAAAUUAAAUGCAAUCUCCGCUGCUACAUUGACUGAUAAAUCUAGAAAAUAAGCUAAUGCAGAACAUAAACUUAUUUCAUUGCUCUGUACAUGGAUGUCUUUAUUUAUUGCAAUAAAGUCCAAGUAUUUCACUCCUGUUAUUUUUGUGUCCACCCAGAUGAUUGAUGGGGAGGCCUUCCUGCUGUUGACUCAAAACGACAUUGUGAAGAUCAUGAGCAUCAAACUAGGUCCUGCUCUUAAGAUCUCAAAUGCCAUCCUCAUGUUCAAGAGCAUAGAUGAGGGAUUCAAGUGA